AUGAAACCAGUACUCAUUCUAAUAAAUAUUAAGCUAAUUAUCGUUUUGACGACAACCUCUGAACUCGUUGAUAAAGCUGUCUCUAUUGCCAAUGAGGUUUAUGAACCUGAUCUCUUAACUAUAGUUGCCUGGUGGAAUAAUGAUCACGAACAUGCUAAUAAAUUUUUACUUAAAUACCUUGGAGCAGUUGCAACAAUAAAAUUACAACAACCUCAUGAAGGGCAUAGAAAAACAUUUAAAUUCCAACAAGCAGUCGUCUUCGCGAGUAAUCCACCAGAAUUCGAUGACUUUUUUUCACUAGCAAGUAACAUAACGUUGGAAGCGAUACUGGUAAUUUUAGUAAUCGUGGAUAAAAGUUCUGCAGUUGACUUAAUUGAUUAUAGUAAAAUAGCAUUGCAGAGAAGCGUUCAGGACAUUGCAAUUGUUAGCUUGAAAUUCGAUGGUACAGUACUGGUAUCUUCUAUAAAUCCUUACGGAAGUAGUGUCUGUGGGGAUUACACACCAAGAGAAGUGACUAUACCACAGUCAAUUAUAUUUAAAGAGAACAAAUAUAAUAAUUUCCACGGCUGUCCUGUAAGAGUUAGUAUCUUUGAGUUCCUGCCGUAUGUUCAACUGAUAAAAGAAAAUAACCAAGUGAUAACUGUUGCUGGUAUUGAUGGUAAUUUUGCGAAUUUAAUCAUCACAACUCUUAAUGCUACUAUGACAAUAGUAUCAGAUGAUGGCGAAGCUGGGGAAUAUGUUGAUGGAGAGCCACAAGAUUAUUUUGCCUCACAAUACUGGAACAUGACGUGUAAGAUGGAAGUGUUUUCCACAAUCGUCUUUUUAUUUAUGAUAACACAAUUCACAAAGUCAUCUGAGCUCAUAGAAAAAGCUGCCUCUAUUGCCAACGAUAUUUAUCAACCUCAUCUCCCAACUAAUGUCGCCUGGUGGAAUAAUGAACACGAACAUGUAAAUGAAUUUUUACUCAAAUACCUUGGUGCUGUUACAGUGUUAAGAGUAAAAAAUUGUAGAGAGUCAUGUCUUGAGUUAUUUAAAGUGAAACAAACAGUACUCUUUGCGGACAAUCCAAAAGAAUUUCAAAAUUUUCUGUCCAUUUCAAAUAACUAUACUUUCGAAGCAAUAUUGGUUAUUUUAGUCAUAAAUGAGAAUCCUGGGUCUGACGUCAAGGAAUAUACUAAAAUUGCGUCAAAAAAAGACGUCGAGGACAUUUUAAUAGUAAGUUUGAAUUUUGAUGACACAAUAGCAGUAUCCACGGUUAUUCCUUAUGGGAGUGGUAUUUGUGGAGAUUAUACACCGAGAGAAAUAACGACUAGUGAAAGAAAUUACUUUAAACAAAACAAAUUCAAAAAUUUCUAUGGCUGUCCUAUCAGAGUCACCGCACUUGAAUUAGUGCCGUACGUUAAAGUUACAAAAGAAAAUGAUACAGUGAUAAAUCUAAAUGGUUUAGAUGCUGAUUUUGUUAAAUUAGUUAUUGAAAGUCUUAAUGCAACUUUGAAAAUCGUAUCGGCUUCUGAUCAUGGUGACCUGGGUUACUACAUAAACGGAACGGCGACUGGAAAGUUUGGUGACCUAUACUACAAUGUUGCUGAUAUGGUAGUUCCUGCAUUAAUAUUAACUACCAGGAGAUAUCCUGCUGCACAGGUGACUUAUGUUCACCGACCUACUCGCAUUAUAUUGUGCUUACCAAAACAGGAAGAAAUUUAUAAAUUGGUUAAAGUACUCCUUCCUUUCUACAAUUGGUUGACUCCAAUGGUUAUUGCAGUAGCCACAUGUAUUUAUUUGACUAUAAAAUUUGUGAAGAUCUUUGGACAAAGGGGUUAUAAGGUACCACGAAGAACAGCAUUUGGAAUAUUCUCCUUAUUUUUUGGUCAGUUUUAUAACGUUAAUUCAAAAUACUGGUAUAUUAAUACAAUGCUAAUUUUAUGGGUUUGGUUUUGUAUGGUUUUCCGCAUUUCAUAUGAGGGCAGACUCGUUGAAGGAUUACAUCACGUUAUCUUAGAGCCGCCGGUAGAAACAAUUGAUGAAGCUAUAAAUGUUGUUAAAGAGGCACGCAUACAUCCAACGUUUAUGGAAUUUUAUAGAAAUACAUCAGUAGAAAAGAAACUGGUUGAUAUAACUGUACCAGAGCUUGAAACAACGUUUUUUGCUAUUGCAUCUGGUGAGAAAUAUCUGCUUGCUAUUGACAUGGAACAAGCUAGAGUUUAUAAAAAAACAGUUCAAAUUUUGGAGAAGCAAAUUGUAGAUAUACCCGCAAAUAUUUAUUUGCGCCCCCGUUGGCCAGCUGCAAAGUUGGCAAUUAAAGAAUUCAAAUAG